AUGGAUCAAGAAAGUGCAAUGAUGAUUUUUUUAUCUUAUCAAAAAUUACGAAUGCCAACAUUUAGUGUUCGACAACGACGAACAGAAAAUCCUUUACGUGAACGUCUACUUGUUAGAAAAUUUAUUGUACAAUUAGAAAAUUAUUAUUUUCAACAACAACAAUUAUCAAUGACAGCAACAGAUAAUGAACAAAUGGAAGUUGAUCAUGAAAUUGAAGAUGAAGAUGAUUAA